CUUCUAAUACGCAGCUCCGAAACGAACCCCGCGGCUCUCCUCCGUCCUUCCCCAGACCAUCUCGCCCGCCGCCUUCGCCACGCGCCUCCGCGGAUCCCACCAUCGCCAUGGAGGACGACGACGAGUUCGGCGACCUCUACACCGAUAUCAUCCUGCCCACAUCCGAGCCCACCAAGCCGCCGGCGGCCGAAACCCUAGCCCAAGCUGCUCCGGCCCGAAACCCUAAUUCUGCGCCAGCUCCCGCCUCGACCGCAGCCGCGGACGACGACGACGACGACGACUGGCUUCUAGGAGGGAGUGACCCCGUUGCCGGGGUCGACCCGACCGCCGACUGGGUCGACGAAGACGAAGAUGUCGGCGCUCCUCCCGCGAAGCGUGAGGUUGAUGCGAAGCCGUCCGCGGCCGCGGAGGAGUCCGAUCCGCUCAUGGGAGGUGGCGUAGGCGGCCCCGGGGCGGCUAUCCCGGGGCUUUCGUCGACGGCGGCAGCCGGUGCCGCUGGGAGCGAGGACUGGGAUAGCGACAGCGAGGACGACCUCCAGAUCGUACUCAACGAGACGGACGGACGCCGGCGGCUCGGGGAAGACGAGGGCGACGAUGAGGAUGGCGAGGACCUCGUCAUCGUCGCUGAUGGCCCUCACAUCCCUGGCAUGGAAGAGCAGGAGUGGGGUGAGGACGCGACGGCAGCUGGGCCCGAUGGGGAGAGAAAAGAGGGCGGAGAGUCUGGGAAGACGGUGCCAGUGCCUGGUGGGAGGAUCGGGUACAGUGGCGGCGGCCAGGGGUUCCACCCGCAGCAUCAUUCCAUGUUCAAGUAUGUACGACCUGGUGCUGCGCCUGGUGCUCCACUCACUGGGGCUCCUAGCGCUCCUGGCCAGUUCCGUCCAACUGGACCUCCGGGCCCUUUUCCUGGUCGAGGAAGAGGUGACUGGAGACCUGGUGCUGGUAGGGGCAUGAAUAAAGGUUUCAAUUCAGGCUAUGGAAUGUCUCCAUGGGGUGGUUCAGGUCGUGGUUUUGGCGGUGGACUAGAUUUCACACUUCCUCCUCACAAGGCAAUUUUUGAUGUCGACAUCGAUACCACAUUUGAGGAGAAGCCAUGGAAAUACCCUGGUGCUGAUAUUUCAGACUACUUUAAUUUUGGGAUUGACGAAGAGAAGUGGAAAGACUAUUGCAAGCAACUGGAUCAAUUACGAUUGGAGUCAACGAUGCAAUCUCGAAUAAGGGUGUAUGAGAGUGGGCGCUCAGAACAGGACUAUGAUCCAGAUUUGCCACCGGAGCUAGCUGCUGCGACUGGUCAUCACGACAUUUCUGCUGAUAAUCGUAAUAAAGUAGACAAUGGGCAUACAGAUUUCAGUGCCCAAGGGAGAGUUCCUACAAGCAUGCGACCGGCAAUGAUGACUGGCAGGCCUAUACAAGUUGAAACUGGUUAUGGGGAACGGUUUCCGUCUGCUGAUACACGUUUGCCUCGAAUGCGUGAAUCUGAUUCUGUUAUAGAGAUCGUGUGCCAGGUGCCAUCGGAUGAUCCAAUUGCCGAUAGUUCAGCGGAUCAGUCUGAGAAGGAUUCUCAAGGAGGUAAUAAGAAAGCCAAUGGUGUUGAAGAGAGCAGGCCAUAUACAUCAGAGAAGAAUUCCUCUUCUGGAAAGUCAGAUCAUACCAGAAGGUUACCUGUUUCAUCUGAAGGUGAUAUGCUCGCAGCAGAUGCCCAGGGCCGUUCCCCACCAAACUACAAAACAAGGGGUUCCCCUUCUCGUGGAGCAAGGUCAUCGAAAGGAAGCUCUAUGGGUGCAAACCCUAGGCAAGAAACUGAAAGCCUCAAUGAAGUACCUCGCCAAACAACAUCCUCAAAGAGGCGCCGUGAUUCCCAGAGAGAGAAAAACCCUGUUGAUGACUCAGAAACUAAGGAUGGCUCUGAAGGAUCACCUGCUGUUGGUGAUGAAACAGCAGAUAAGCUGAGCACAGAUCAGUUUGCUGAUAAUGAUGAUAAGCUUGCAUUGGUUGAUAGUGCUGAAGUGGAUGGUGAUGAUGCUAUCUCAGAACCUCGUACAGCUAGCGAGACAAAUGAGGGAGAUAAGUUGUCUCAUUCUUAUAAAAAGCAGAAACUAAUUUCUAGGGUUGAGCAGCCGCCUGUACUCAACAGUAGUGAUCAGGAUGAAUUGAGGACAGUCAAUAGUGAAAAUAGUAGAGGGAGGUCUGGUAGCAGCAAAGAUAAUCAGAAACGCCUCGAGUCUGGUGAAGAAGUUCUGCAAGAUAGGCUGUCCAGGCGAGUAAAUGAUGUAAGAAGGCAUCAUGGUGGAGAAGAUCGUGAUUCCCGUCGAAAGGAUGAGUACACUCGAGACGUCAAAGCAGACAUAGAAAGGACACAUUUGGCCUCUAGAGGUAGGGAGGAUAUCCAUCAUCCUCAUGUGAACAGAGACCGGGACAUACGUGGUAAAAGUAAUGAUAGGGUAAGAGAGCCAGAAACUUGGCAGAGGAGAGAAGACAACAUUCACAAUAGAAGAGGUAAAGAGGAAGAUUUGAGGCUCGACUACAAUGCUGAUGUUGGUGCAAGACAUAGAAAUAAGGCGAGGAAUGACAGGGAUGAAGAUCCACAUUCAAGAAAAUGGUUGGAUGAUGGUGACUGGAGGGGCUCUAGACAGAGAGAGCGUGGUGAUAUGGUUUUGAAUCGUCGUGAAAGUUUGGAUGAUCCUCACAUCAAGAGGAAGAAGGAUGAAGAGAACAUGCGGAGAAUAAAAUCCGAGAAUGAAGAUACAGUACAUGCUUAUAGAGGAAGGGAUGACCCGAACAAAAGAAAGAGAGAGCGGGAUGAUGUACUUGAUCAGAAAAGAAGAGAUGACAGUGUUAGGAUGCGGGAGAAGGCUGAUGAUCGUAGUUAUGCCAAGAACAAAGAGGACAACUGGCGGCAGAGGGAAAAGGAGGACAGGCAGAGGCCUAAGCAUGAAAACACACUGAUCCUUCAGAGAGAAGAAGGAAGAGGAACUGGUCGGGGUGGACGGAUUAUGGAUGACAAACCUGUCAGUGCUGGCAGGAAGAAGGAUGAAUCAAGGUCUACAUUAUUAAACAAAGAAACCCAAGAGCGCAGCAAACAAAAUGAGUCUGGGAGGAGAGGUCAAGGCGCAGAAGAAAAUAACAUGCUGAAUAAAGGACGUUCUGAUGUACGUCCACGUGAUGACAAUUCCAAUAAUAGUGAAAGGAACUCCAGGCAAGAAAAAAUAAAUAAGACUCAUGACAAUAAUCGUCUAUCCAGCAGUUCUGAUGCUCGCCAUGCAAGUAGGGAUAGGUACAGGGAGAGCACAAGAAAGGGCAGAGGUUCUGAGCCUAAUGAGCAAGAUCUUCACAGAUCUAGCAAGAGAAGGCGUGACGACCAUGACAGCCAUCGUAGUGGGAAGGUUGAGAUGAAAGGAGUGAGGGAGCAAGAAAAUGGUAGGGAUCAGGCCGCAUCAUCCAAGAUGAGCAAGAAUCCUCAACGACAUGAUUCAUUUGUCAAACAAGGGGAAGAAGAUGCCAUGUCAGAUGAUGAGAACACUGAGGAUUCAAGAAGGGGUCGAUCUAAGUUGGAGCGAUGGACAAGCCACAAAGAGAUUGAUUACAGUAAUAUUGAUAAUGAGACCACACAUACAUUUCCCUCCAUCAAAGCUGAUGCCCAAGUCCCAACUGCUGAUGUGUCAGGUAAAUCUGAUAUUCCUGCUGUAGUUGGCAACUCGGACCUCAAGAGCAGUGGUGAUAAUGGUCAAGCAUCUGAAAAGACGGCUGAGGAGCGUGACCGACAUCUAGACACAGUCGAGAGGCUCAAGAGAAGAAGUGAACGCUUCAAACUUCCUAUGCCUGGCGAGAAGGAGCCACCCCAGAGCAAAAAGGCAGAUACUGAAGUGCAGACUCCCCAGAACGAAUCUCCUGCUGCUGGUAUUGAAGUGAAGCCAGAGCGACCAGCUCGCAAGAGGAGGUGGACUGGGAGUUGAUUGGAAGUUGGAAUCGUAUCUUCAUCUGAAGACGUCGAUGCAUAUCUUGUGGCCGAUGGUCACACCUCACUCUAUGCCUUUCAUGUUACAACUGAAAGUUGAAUUGAUGUAUGAUUUUUACUGUGUAACUUAUAUACCUGUAUGUGUAACCAUACAUACAUGUUCAUUUGUGGCUGGGGACCAGACACUGUAUAUUUUUUUCAUUCCUUCCCCCUCUUAGGAUUCUGGCCCCAGUGUGGCACUGGUGCCAUCGAACUCCAGAUAGCAAUGAGGUUUACGCGGGGGACUGAGGAGCAGUCCCCUUUGGAGUUUCCGCAGUUCAGCUGGCUGCUACUCCGACAACAAAUCUCUGGGUUCAGAAGGAGCUACAUUUUUGAAGAAGUGCCAGAUGCUUAAAUAUGAACUUCCACCGACUUGGAAACAUUGGAUUUUGUAUGGUUCUUAAUGGGUGUUACUUCAAAGUUACGACGGUUGCUAUGUGAUGUUGGCCGCAGAAGCAACCGAUCGACUUCCUGUUUAUGAAUGCCAGGUGAUUUGAGGAUCAAGAGCUGCAGAUCUCAAGUGUUAUGAGUUAUGAAAACUGAUGUGUAUGUUUACUUACCACUUAUGUGUACAUUAUGAGAACUGGCACGCACAAGAUGAGAUGCGGCAAGAUAGCUUGUAGGGUAAAGCUGCGUGCUUUACUGGAUGUUUUGGACAGAGCAAUAAUAUAUACCUGUAGGCAGUGCUAGUAGGUAAAAGGGGGAUGAAUUGUUUGUUGAGGUGGUUAGGAAUGUACAUGUACUUAGUUCCUCACAAAUUUUGCUUAUUUAUACUGGGAUUAAGGUGGCAGUCUGUAACACGAUUGAAUAUUUGCACU